UUCUCCAAUGCGAGCGAACAGAACGUGCGAGAAUAACGAGCGUUAUCCAUCUAGAAAAGAAUAUCUCAUUAUACGUGCCAGUAUUGUUUCUUUCAAGAAUAAAAAAUUUGUUUUUUUUUAAUUUUUUACAUAAAAUCACGGAUUAGCAAUAAUUUGUAUAAAUCCUCUUGCAACCCGUUAGCAAUCGGAUACGUUCCGGGUGCAAUAUAAAAUUUUGAAAAUGUGUCAAAUUUGGAAAAUUUUCCUCGUGGGAGUAUUUGUUGGUUCUUCCCAAGGACAAUUUGAUUUCGGCAGCGACUGGACCGGCGGAUUGUUCCACGACAUAAACGGAUUCGGUACAAAGAUUAACGAUGACAUUUCAAACCUCAACCAGCAAAUUCAACAAGAUGUGCAGAAACAAAUAAACGACGUUAACAAAGAAAUUUUGGAUGAGAUAGCGAAGGCGCAGAAAGAUGGCACCAUGACUUCCAGCGGACAGUCAGUUUCUGUCAGUAAUAUCAAUGGCCGUCAACGAACGUUUAUAUCCGGUCAUACGAAAUCUGGUCAACUUUAUUACCGUGAAACCGAGGAGCAAGUUAUUAACAACAUUUUGCAUCACACUGAUAGAGUUUACGACAAGAACAAGAAAAUUAUCAGAGAAACCUCUUACACUCUCGAUCUGUCGAAUCCAAAUGCAAAGCCUGUUCCAGUUAAUUCGAAAUCAGACUAAAGCUACGAAUAUAUUGUAUUGUCGUUAUUCCCGGUAUCUUUGUAUUCGUUAUACACGCUUUUCGGCUUUGUGAAAGUCGACAAUUUUUUUUUCUCAUUUGUUUUUUCCUUCGUUUAAAAUACGUAGCUAUAUGUGUAAUAGGGCAAUUAAGUCUUAGCAAAUUAUAAAACUUGGUAUGUUUUAUGAUAGCUGACGUAAUGUUGCUUCUGUGUAAGAAACAAAAAAAUGUUAUUAUUAUCAAAAGACAAAUAUUAAAAUUACAAAGAAAUUUCA